CAGUGCAUACAUAUUCAUACAUUUUCUAGUGCAUAAACAUCCUAACCCUUGUAAUAUGGUUUAUGCAUGGGAAUAGUUUCCACUUUAGACGUUAUAAAACUACGCGCGGUCAUCUAUAUCUUAUAUUACGAUCUUACUAGGUACGCGUGGCGUAAUUCGAAUAGUUACACAUCGCGCGUUGUUGGGGUUACUACAAUACAUACAUAGUUAACGCUAUCUCUAAGAGCGUUGCAUACGUAGUACUAUGUACUUUGGUACUGUUACGUAAUCUUCCCAUCUAGAUCAUAAAUUACUAAGGUAUUUCAAAAGUGAAGUAGCACGAGCUACUUGUUGACUCGCGAAUACUCAAUACGCAUCUCUUAUUUUUGUCUCAGUUUUUGAGCAAUCCACUUCUUGUUGGUUUUAAGACCACGAGUCAAAAGACUUAGUCAACAUUUAAAUUUGAUACAGUCAUUUUAAUUGACCUAAAUCCAAUUAAUACAAUUUAAGUUUAAAGGUUUGCUUGAAAAACAUUUAACAUGUUGAAAAGGUAUAUUAUUUUGUACAGAACUAAUAAACUCGUGAAUUCUUGUCGGCAUGUUUCCCAAUCAAUGCUACAAUCAACGGUUGACGAAAAAACAGGCAUAGUUACUAUGACAAUGAAUAACCCACCUGUUAAUUGUAUAAGCCUCGAGUUAUUAAAUGAAAUAAAUACUCAAAUCAAUACAUUACGGAAAGAUAAUAUCCGAGGAAUGAUAUUAACAUCAGGAUUGAAGAAAGUGUUUUGUGGAGGAUUAGACAUAGCAGAAUUUUAUAAACCAAAUCCUGAUAGAUUAGCUGAAUAUUUGGCCACCCUACAUGAUACAUGGAUUUCGUUAUAUAUGACUUCGUUUCCUACUGUAUCUGUUAUUAAUGGCCACAGUCUAGGAGGAGGUUGCUUAAUUGCCAUGGGUUGUGAUUAUAGAGUUAUGAUUGGACCACAUUAUACUAUAGGACUUAAUGAGACUAAAUUAGGAGUUGUUCCUCCAAAAUGGUUUCAAGAUACCAUGGUUGCAGUUAUUGGUCAAAGAAAAGCUGAAGUGUCAAUGACAACAGGAAAAAUAUAUACUACUGACGAAGCAUUAAAAAUUGGUUUAGUCGAUGAAAGUUCGACAGAUAUAGAUAGUGCUCUUAAGAAAGGAACUCAAUUUUUGAAUAAUUUUGAAAAUAUAUCUCCUUGGGCUUUUAAGAUGACUAAAAAUAUCAGCCGUCAACCAACUAUUCAAUUGUUGAUAGAUAAUAAACAAAAAGAUUUUGAUUUUGUUUAUAAAUACAUGCAAACUUCUAUGGUUCAAAAAAGUAUUGGACUUUAUUUACAAUCUUUAAAAAAAAAAUAAGAUAAUAAUAAUAUGAUUAUUCUUAGAUUUUUAAUUUAAAUUUUUUAUAAUUUUAUACAAAUUCAUAUAAUCAUAUAUCAAUUUGGAGAAAAAAGAAUAAUACAAAUCUACCAGCUGUAGUAUUUUAAAAGUGUUAAAUAAUAUAUGAUAAACAACAUUUUUGAAUUU